AUGAGUAAAUCAUUCUUUACUUUGAAUUUAACAGUCAUAAUCUUAUUGUAAUCAAUACAAAACUUAAAUGCUUAAAUUUGUUAAGCAUUUUCUAGGUAGUACCAGGCUAAAUAUUUAGUCGGCUAUACUCCUUCUAAUUAUUUGAAGUUACCUAACACUAAUAUACUUUUGAUAAACACUAUACUUUAUAAAUAUGAUGGAGUGACUAACAUAUAGACUUAGAGUAUAGUAUAUUACAAUGAUAUUUCUAGUGAAAUUGAUAAUAUUGUGAAUGUGGUUUAACCUAAAUACAUUAUAUUUCAAAUGGAGUAUGUACUAUAAAGAAAUCAAAUUUUAGCUCUGAAUUCAUAAUAGCUAAUAUAUGCAGAUCCUUAUACUCUUGAAGCUAAAUAAACACUACCAUUCAGUGAUUUAAAAGGUAUGCAUUUAAUGGAAGGAUCUAAUUAUUGUGUCUUAAGAAGUUAUACAUAUUUAUUAUAUGUUGUUGACUUUGUAGAAGGAAAAUAAAUUCUAACUUUGAAUAAUUCACCUUUUAAUUCUGACGCUAGUAAUCAUAUUACUUCUGCAAAGUUACUUUAGCUUUAAAAUGGUUAGAAUUUUAUAGUAGUAAUUGAUGUAACUGGUGCUUAUACUUGGUCAAUUGAUUUUAAAACUUUAGAAUUCUCAUUCAAUGGAUAUUAUUCUACAAAUUAUGGUAAUUAUAGGUUAAUAGAUUUCCACUAGAGUUACGAUAUUAUAUUUUUAGCAGGAGAGUAUUGUCAAAUCAGGGCUUACUAGAUCAUUAAUUUAUAAUCAAAUUAAAUAAAAAGAAUUCAGAAUAAUUAUCUACCAAAUUGUCCAUCAGGAGAUGAAAUAAUCAGUUUAACCUUUAUAAAUUCUAAAAAUAAUUAAGGCAGUUUAUACCUAAGUACCAAGAAGUCUAUUUAUAGAAUAGAUUUAAAUUUUGUCUAUAAUUAGAAAACAAAUACAUAUGAUUCUUUUAGCUUUGCUAAUAUCAAUCAACCUUUUACUAUUUAACCACCUGGAGAUCUAAGUUAUGAAUGGUAUCAUUUGGAAGAAAGUCAAUAAUUUUUAACACCAUACAGCUAUUAUAGAAAUAUAAAAUCAGCUGUAUUUGUUUAUUCAUAUAGUACAAGCACUUAGCUCACUCGUUUUGAUUUUACAAAAACAUUUAGUUUCUAACUCAAUUAAGAAAUAUACUUUGCUGUUGCUACAUAUGAUCAAAUUUUAGUCACUAAAGAUUCUCCAAGUAAUCUAAAAUCUAUCCUUGCUUAUCCUCUUUUUUCGAGUAUCAAAUAAAGAUAAAAUACAUUUUUUUCUGUAAAAAACUGUAAUACAUGUUUUAUUGCUAUGCAUGAUACCAUAAACUUAGCAUUUUAUAAAGUAAUGGACUCAUCAUUCACUCCUUAAGUAUACAAAUUAAGUUAGUUAAAUCUUGAUUUUAGUUCAAUAAGCUUCAAUAUUGAUCCCUACUAAGAUAUUAAUCAAGCUAUUUGGGUUAUUGUAGGAUUAACUUAAAAAAAUCAUAAUGAAAAUUUCUUAUUUUAUGCUAUAAAUAUUUCCUCUUAAUAAUCGUUUAAAUUGCUCUCAAAUAAAGUAGAAGAAAAUAAUCAAAAUACAAGUUAUGCUCUCUAUUCCUAAGAAGAUUAAGAAAUCGUUGGAAUAGCUGUUAAUGGAAGUAUUUUUGUUUGGAAUUCAACAGACUUUUCAUUCAAAUACUCAAUAGCGUCCAAUUGUUCUGGCUCAAUAAUUGGUUAAUUAUUUCAUACUGAUAAUAAUAAAUUUCUAAUAAUAGUUUGUGGUAAUUACAAUUUAAUUAGCUAUAAUUUCUCUAAUAAAAUAUUUAAACCAUUAAUGAAACUAAAGUCAAAUCCAUACUAUUUAAAUGUAUUCAAUACAAUUAAUAUGUUUGGAGUUGGAGAUUAAAAUAGCGGAGAUGUUUAUUUAUGGAGUUUUAAUACAGUCACUUAAUAAUUUGAAUUAUUUAUGCAUUUCCAGUCUCCUUCUUUAGCAGAUGUUGGAAAUAAUAUUCAGUAUAUAGAAAAGACUUAGGUUUUAUUUAUUUAGUAUUAAUAUAGUAAUACAUUUUUCCCUAUUGGAUAAUGUCUUUAAAAUUUGCCUAGUUGUACUUAGAAAUGCUAAAUGUAGUUUUAUUUUAAUACUACUGAAACAACUGAUACUAAAAGUAUAUAUGGGAUAGGUUCUUUUGAAUAGCCUUAUACAACUUCUUUGAGUAUAAUUUCAACUUUACUUUUAGUUAAAUAAUAUUUCGAAUUAAUAAACGGAUUUGAAAUUCUAAACGUUAAUAUAUUAGUGAGCAACUAAAAUUAGAUGGUAUUUUACAAUGAACUGCUAACUUUGUAAGUUUUUGCAUAAACAAAUUUAACAAUUUAGAGCUGGAAUAAUAAUAAUAAUCAAUUUGCUUAAAUUAAUGUAAAUUAGUUGCUCCAAUUCUCGGGUCUAUUUAUGCUAAACAUUGAUGAUAUACUUAUUAAUUUUAUUAUUAGUAGCUCCUAAUAAAAGUGUGGGGUCUAUUUCGAUGGUAUUAUUUCAAGUGCUACUAUAGAUAACAUAAGUAUAUCUUCUACAGAUAGUACAUCUGAUUGUUUUUUUAUUUAAAUAAAUAAUUCUUUGUUGACUAUUAAAAAUAUAAACUUACAAAGUUUAGAUUUUUCAAAUACAUCAACUUUAAUAACAAUCGAUAAUUCUUAAUAGAUUGUACUUUAAAAUAUUCUAAUUGAUAGCUGUAAAUUAAGUGAAAAUUUCAGUAUAUUAACCUAAGAGAGCGAUGUUAAUGUUAUUAUUGAUACUUUUAUAAUUUAAAGUAAUCUAUGCGAUAUAAAUUAAACUUACUAUCCACAAUUCUCUGGUUAGUUAUUUGAAGCUGGUGAAUUCAAUGUAGCUAAUAUGACAAUAUCCAAUAAUCAGUUUUGUAAUUUAUAGAUAUUCUCAACUGUGAGCACAAUCUAACAAAAAAAUAAAACAUUUUAGUUCUAGAAUAUAACUAUGUACAAUAACUCAUUUUAUACAACACACAAUUAUCUCUUUUUUGAUGCUAUUUAUUCAAUAAAUCCUCUUCCCUAACACACUUUAAAUAUGAGUUAUUUAAAUUUCACUGAUAAUUCUUACUUUCCCUCUUCUUAAGUUUAAUCAGAUAUCUACCUCGGAAUUACUUAAUUAGUUCUCACUGAACAAAUUUUUUCAGUUUUAAUAACUGAAGUUACAGUAAAAAACCAAUAAGAAAUAGCAUUUUGUUCAUUAUCCUAAUCUUCUCUAGUCUCAAUUAGCAAUAUUUCUUGCUUAAAUGAAAAAAAAUUUUUUGAUAAUUUAGUCAAUAGAGAGUAUGGUGGAUGUUUAAUUUUCAAUGAAGUAAAAAAGAUUAACAUAACUAAUCUAUAAUCAAGCUAUAUAAAAGCAAUAAGUAAUUCUAUUUUAGUAAUAAGAAAUAAAGCUUAUAGAAAUUCAGUAAUAAAUUUAUCAAAAGUAGUUAUCACAAGUUCAUAUUUUGAAUAAAAUUAAAAUAGCUCCUAAGCUAAUCCAAUUUUAAUUACUUCCACUUAUACUUCUAAUAUAAUAAUUAGAAACUCAAUUUUUAGCUAAAAUAGAUUAAAUGCAAUUCUUAAUACCUAAACUUAUUCAACUUCUGCAAUUCAGGCAAUUAAUCCAGUAGGUUCUAUAUAUUUAGUUAAUAACCAAUAUAUUAAUUCAGUAUCUAGUAGUAUCAUUAAUUUUCAAUAUAUAGUUGGUCAAAAUAUAACCAUCAUUAACGCUAAUUGCAAGCAAUCUUCAUUUAAUAUCACAGAUAAUGUAACAACUUUAAUAUAAUAAGGAGGUUGCUUAAGAGCUAAAUCAAACAAUUUGUAAAUUCUUUCUUCAAAUUUUAGUCAAUCCACAGCAAGCUAAGGCUCGUUUAUUUACUUAGAGAGUCUUAGUUCAGAAACAAAUAUUUUUAUAGAAAAAUCUUCAUUUAUAGAAGGUUAUGCUUAGAAUGAUGGUGGUGCAUUUUACAUAAAUUCACAAAACUCAAAUUUAAAUUUUGUGUGUAAAUCAUCUAACUUUAGAGAGUUAACCAAUAUUUUAGGCUAGACCAACUCAUAUUUUUUGAAUACCUAAAAUUCUAAUGUUACUCUUUUUAAUAUUAAUAAUAAUAAUUUUAACUAAACCUAUCCUGAUUAUUUGAAUCAAAUAACAUUGCUUUCUGACAUCUAAUAAGUGUCAUUUUUUUAACUUUAAAAAUCUAUCCUUUCAAUUGUUGAUUGUGGAUUUUAAAAUUUAAUUAUAACAAAUUUACAAAAUACUUCCCCUCUUCUAAUUAAUGCUAUUAAUACAAACUCUACGUUUUCCACAUACUUAAUAAGCGUCAAUUAAGGAUCUCUAACAAUUGAAGAAUCUUAAUUUAUAAACAUAAAUUAGAUAUCCUCAAAACGAGUAUUACAAUCCUAGAUUUCUCUGAUAAAUUCAGGAGCACUUAUAUCACUAUAUUAAUCUAAAUUAUAAAUAUCAUAAUAAACAAUAUUUUAGAAAAUAAUUUGCAUGCUAUGCUUUGGCUCUAUACUCUAGUUGAACUAAACACAAUUUUUUAUAUCUGACUCUAUGUUUUUAGAAUCAAAAGCCAAUAUCGGUGGUGCUAUAUCAAUUAAUGGUUUGGUUUCUAAUCUUAAUUAUAUAUAAAACACUCAAAUGAUUGGAAAUACUGCCAUAUCAGAUGGAGGAGCUAUGUUUUUAAAAGCCUAAACAGAUGAUGUUUUUACUUUAACUUUGUCUAAUUGCUAAAUAACUGACAAUCAAUCUUUAAAUGGAAGUGGUGGGGCUUUAUUUAUUAGCUCAGAAAGUGAAUCAACAGUACAGUAAUAGAUCAAAAUUUAUAAAACAAAUCUAUCAAAUAACAAUGCUGUUAUCGGAGGAUGCAUUAAUAAUCUAGGUAUAAAUCCAGUUAUAGACUCUUAAAGCAUUAUAUUGAAUAACUAGGCCACUCUUUAUGGAGAUAAUAUCAAUUCAUAUCCUGAUCAUUUAGGUUUAAUCAUGACUACAAAUUUAAAUAAAUACUUCAAUUAGUCAACUAAUUCUUUAAUUUUAUCAAAUAUUAAAAGUGGAGCUUAAAUUCCAGAUAUAAUUUUUUAGCUAAAAGAUUAAACAGCUAUACCAAUAUUUCCAUUAGAUGCUGAUAAAAUAAUAAUUUAAGCAUAAUUUAGCACCAAAACAAAAAAUAUAUCAAAUUAUUACAUUAGAGGAAAUUCUGCAGCAUUUGUUGAUUUAAAAUAGAAAUAAUUUGUUUUUUAAGGUAUGUAAUUAAUAGGGAUUCCAAAUUCAUAAGCAAUAAUUGAGUUCAAAUCUGAUGUUAUAAAAAUUUUAAAUAAAUAAACUAAUUAAUUUGAGUCUAACUAUUCUUAUGAAUUAGAAGUUUAUUUUAGAAGUUGUAAUUAUGGUGAAAUUCAGAAUAUUUACAAUACAUAUACAGAAUGUGUUGUCUGUGAAUAAGAUAAAUACUCUCUCGAUAAACAAUAAUGUUAUUCAUGUCCUUCUGGAGCAAAAUGCUAAAAUGGAAUUAUAUAUGUAAAUUAAGGAUUCUGGAGAAAAGAUGAAAGUAAUCCUCUUGUUAUAGAGUGUGUAAAUAAGCCUUCAAACUGUAUUGGAAAUACUUAUGGUAAUUAAGUAUGCUUAGAAGGUUACAUAGGACCUCUAUGUGAAGAAUGUGAUAUUUAUGGAAGCUAUUGGGGAGAAAGCUAUUCUAAAGUUGGAUCUUAUUAAUGUGGGUAAUGUAAAGAAUUGAGUGCUUUAUUAUGGAAAGCAAUCUUAAUAGUAAUCUGGACUUUAUUUUCAAUUCGACUUGCCAUAAAAGGAGACUUAGAGGAAUAAGCAAUAAAUGCUUUUUAAGUAGCUCUGAAAAGCCACUUAUUAAAGAAUAAUCAAAUCACUUCAUUAAAAGAGACUAAAUAUUAAUCUAAAUUAAAUGUCAAAUAUGAUAACCAAAAAGAUAGAAAAUCUAGAAAUGGAGAAAAAGCUAGUGUUUAUAUUAAAGUAUUCAUUAACUAUUUACAAAUAAUAGGAUCAAUUAUUACUUUCAAUAUAAAAUUAACUACAGAUAUAUUUGAUACUUCAUAGUAUUUAGGAACACCUGUAAGAUAAUAAAUGAAUUCCGCUGAAUGUAUAUUAAAAGAUAUAUAAACAGAUAUUCCAAUGAUAUAUCUUAAACUACUAUUUACUCUAAGUGUUCCAAUUGGCUAUUUAAUGGUGUUUAUACUUAGUUUAAUUUUAUAAAGGCUAUUUACAAAUAUAAAAGUUCGUUAUUAUUCUAUUUGUACUGCUGCGAUCUUUAUAUUUAUUUUAGUUUAGCCUGAUUUAGUUUCUCAAAUGAUAGCUAUUCUUUCAUGCAGGGUAAUUGGAGAUUCUAGUUAUAUACUUUAUAAUAUAACUUAUGAAUGCAACACUAGCCAGCACUAAACCUAUAGUUCUACCUUAGUAGCUCCUUGCUUAUUAGUGUUUGCUUUUAUUAUACCUAUUGGACUUUUUUAUAUACUAUACAAAAAUAAAAAUGAUUUGCAAAACAUUUAAGUAUAUAAGAAAUAUGGCUUUUUAUACAGAGAGUAUAAAAGCCAAAAAUAUUAUUGGGAAUUCGUGAAAAUUUUAGAAAAAAUUUUAAUCAUUAUAAUUCUUAACUUCUAUUCCCAAGAUACUAAUAUUAAAGGAGUGUUAAUUUUUUUGGUGAUUACUCUCUAUGGGAUAGGAUCUAAUGUUUUAUAACCCUAUCGUUUGAGCGGGUACAAUACAGUUGAUUUCUAUCAAACAAACGUGUGUUCAAUUUCUGUAUUACUUUGUUUAUUCAUUAGCAAUAAUCCCUUCAGUUAUUAUGUAAUCACUUCUAUUAUAAUUAUAAUCACAAUCAAUGCUUGGUUUAUUAUUUCACUUGUUCAAAAGUUUCAAAAAUAAAAAUUUAAUCCGUAAUUGAAAGCUAAAAUAAAAAGAAUUUUUUAAGAAUUUUUAAAUCUUAGUGAAGAGAAAAAGUAUGAUCUUUUAUUAUCUGGUGUUAAGAUAUAAAUAGGUAAAAAUCAUAAAAGGCUAUUUAAAGAUUAGUAGAUUAAUUAGACUAUUAAAUAAAAUAAACAAAAUGACUUAGCUACUGAAAAUUAACAAAAAUUAAACUCUGAAAGCGAUUAUUUUCGUAAAAAUAAUAUGAAUAGCCCAAAUACUGUAAAUACCAGCAAGACAAACUAGUCUCCUAUUUUUAUAUAAUUUGAAGAUUUAAAUUUAGUAAGUAAUUAAAAAGAGAGUUAAAAAGAUAAAGAUGAUAACACUAAUAAAUUAAUAAAACUAAAAAAAAAAUACUUAGCUAUUGAAAAUUAAUACAAAUUAAGCUCUGAAUACGAUUACAUUGAUAAAGAUAAUGAAAAUAACCCAAAUACUGUAUAUAGCAGCUAGAAAAACUAAUCUCCUCUUUUUUAAUAAUUUGAAGAUUUAAAUUUAGUAAGUAAUUAAAAAGAGAGUUAAAAAGAUAAAGAGGAUAACUCUAAUACAUUAAUAAAAUUAAAACAAAAAUACUUAGCUAUUGAAAAUUAACACAAAUUAAACUCUGAAUACGAUUACAUUGAUAAAGAUAAUGAAAAUAACCCAAAUACUGUAUAUAGCAGCUAGAAAAACUAAUCUCCUCUUUUUUAAUGUAAUAUAUAUAAUAGAUUCGAAGAAUUAAAUAUAGAAAUGGAUUAGAAAGAGAGUUAAAAAGAUAAAGAGGAUAACUCUAAUGAAUAAAUAAAAUUAAAUUCUGUUAACCAAGAGGAUAGAUAAUAAUUUAAUUUAUUUUACUGA